AUGUCAAAUCGCAAAAUCAAACGCCCCUCGCAUUUUUGCGAAUGGGUAGUUGGAACAACAAUCGAAUCUGUUAUCGGCGCUAUCCCCCAAAACAAACCCCCUAAGAAACGAGACGUCGUACGCGUUCAAGUCACCACCGAUGAUGAGUCCGAAGAGGACACCGUCAAGAUCACCUACCCACGCACUGGACGCACCUCUACACCUCCGCCUGCCAAAGAAGCCAAGGCCGAGGCUAAGAAGGUCCGGUUUCACUUUGGCCAAGAUGGCCCAAUCAAAUCUGCUAUGAAGCAGACCACUAUCACAACUCCCAUGGAGUCCUCAGAUGAGGCAUCCGACUCCAGCCCAGAAACUGAGUCAGACUCCAGUCAGUCGGUCUACAUAUCAAGCUCUGAUGCCACUGAUUCUGAUAUUGAAUGCUCAGUUGAGUGCGUCAAGCAUAAAAAGAAGAGAAAGCAGAAGCACAGGCAGACACAGGCCGAAGAAGACACCGAGAGUGACUGGGACUCUGAUCCAGAACCAACUUGUGACUGCGCGAGAUGCAAAAAGGGCCGACAGAUAUUGAAAAGGAUAGGCAAGAAGAAGAGCAAGGAAUUCACUCCUCCCAGCCCUGAAACUUCUGAAUCAGAAGAAGAAGAAUCCCCCAAUACUAAACGACUGUCUGGUAAGAAUAAGAAGAGAGGUGGAAAGAAAGCAAAACCACCAGAGUCUGACACAGAUACUUCCGGGUCAGAUUCAGAGUCCGAGAUCCCAGCACCCAAGAAACAGAGCCAAGCCAAAAACCAAGGCAAGCAGAGAGGUGGAAAGAAACAACAAGCCGCGCCUGAACCUCCCCUGAGCAAGAAGCAGCGGAAAGCAAUGAACAAAAAGGUUAAGCAGCAACAAGAGCAAGAAAUUGAAGGUGAAACCUCUGACUCACCCAAGGAAGAAGAAGAGGAAACUGAGCCAGAAGAGGAGCCCAAGCAACAGAACAAAGGCAAGCAGAAAGAUAACAAGAAACAGAAUGGCAAACAAGCAAACCAGAAGAAACAGAAAGCAGGGAAAGAAACCCAUAAAGAGCCAGAAGCCGCCGAACAGACACCAGCUGAAGAGGCCCCUGAAGCUUCCAAAGAAAAAGACCAAGGCAAGUCCAGAACUAUGAAAGGAAAAGCAAAGGCACAGCCUAAACAAAAGGAUGGAGUCAAGAAGGGCAAUUAUCCCGAAGGACUACCAGUUCCUCAUAUGCGUCGACCACAGCUUAUCGAGCCCAUCAGAGCUCAGGUCGUUCAGACGGAACGCGUGAUCGAAACUCCACAAGACCCAGCACCUAACGCUUACUACGAUGCAGAAAACAAUGUCAUGAGAGUCUACCACGGUCCUGCCUACGGUAACCACCAAAACAAUGCGUUGUACCCAGACCGUGACGCCUUCAGUCGCCCUCUGCCAAUGGGCCAGCCUCAUCCGAUGCAGAACCCCUUCUAUUAUGGCUUCAACAAUCUGCAGCAGUAUCCCAACUAUCCACAGAUGCCGCCGUUCCACCAGGGCUACACAGGGGUACCGCCACCGGAAGCAUACUCGCAUGUUCCCAUCACUCAAGGAAUGGCCCCUCCUCCAUGGUAUGCCAUGGGACCUCCUCCAGGACUUCCCCCCAAUGGCUGCUAUGGACACAGGAACCCUGAAACUAACAAAAACACUCCGGCUUUCAAAACGGAGAAAGACAAGACCAGCCAGAACAAUGUUGGACCUCCGGGAAGUCUUACUGGCCAGGACAAUCCAUAUUAUAAGAGAAAGUCACACAGUACAUGGGGAAGCCACCGUUCUGUAUCCAAGGAAAACAGCCAGCCUCCAGGUUCCGAUAAGGCUGGGCCGAACGGGCCGAACAGCUGGAACAACAAUAGCGAUCAAGGAGCAGCCUGGAACAACGGACCAGGUGACAACAAUGGCCAGAAUUGUCAAGACGCUUGGGGCUCACCGGCCCAGGACAAUAACCAGAACGGUGAUGAUUGGAAUGCGAGCAACAACCAGGCAGUUGACGAAUGGAACAAGAACGCUCAGGAUAGUAAACCGGAGGAUUGGGUAGCGUCACCACCAAGUGGCGAGCAAGAUCAGAACCAAAACACUUGGGGAGCUGGUUCGAACCAUUCGAACAAGAGCAACGAGACUGUGAAAAGAAAUGGAGAUCAUUGGGGCAACGACACGUUCCCGGGUGCCAGCGGCGACUGGAGCGAACAACCCAAAGAUACCAUAAGCAGUGUUGGACAAGGAGCUGACAACAACGUGGGCAUCUGGGCUCCUGUGAAUGGGAAUGGGAACGGAAACGAGAAACCUCCUUCAACAGAAGGAGAAACAGGUCGCGACAACAUCAUGCCUGGAACAUGGGUUGACGCCCCGGGCGUUACUAUGCCAAGUUGGGGAGACCCUACGGCAGCACGGGACACGAAUGGUGAAGCCUCAAACUGGCAAUAG